AUGUCUGGAAUUUUUCCUAAAGAAGCAAUAAAGAAUACUGCUGAAACAAUUGGAAUAUCAAAUCUAAAAGACAAUGUAGCAAAUGCAUUGGCACAUGAUGUAGAAUAUAGGAUCUAUGAAAUAAUACAGCCAUUAUAUGGGUUUGGUUUAAGUGACAAUUCUAAAUUUCAACGAGUCACAAAUAAUCAAGUUGAUUUAUAUUAUAUGGAAGAUGAAGAAAAUGAUUUUGAAAGUGUUUUGUAUUCAAAUAUGCCUAAAGUACCUGUACAAGUUACAUUUACUUGUAUGUGUAUGCGUGAUGUUGCUCAUUGGCUUGCAGUUGAAGGAAUUCAACCAACCAUACCGCACAAUCCACCACCAAUUGAAGAUCGUAAAUCAGAACUACUACAAAAUACUACUAGUAAUAACAAUAACAACAUAAAACAAAAUGAAAUUAAACCUUUAGUACAACAUGUCUUAUCUAAAGAAUUAGAAACUUUUUAUAAUAAAGUUACCAAUACAUUGAUUAAUAGUCAAGAUCCUACCACUGUUACUGCCUCGACUAAUAGAUUGAAACAAUCUAUUUUAAAUGAUCUAGAGAGUGAUACUGGUUUAUCACAACUUGUUCCUUAUUUUGUAAAAUUUAUUUGUGAAAAAGUUGCAGAAGGCGUAAAAAGAAACAUUAGGCUUUUAGAACCUAUUUUACAAAUGUCUGAGUCAUUAAUAAACAACAACAGCCUUUAUUUAGAACCUUAUUUACAUCAAUUGAUGCCUGCAAUAUUAACGUGUAUUCUAAGAAACAACUUGGGAGUACAUGAUAAUUCAUCUUCUGAGUUACAAUGGCAAAUACGUGAAUUAGCUGCACGUAUAAUCGCCAAAAUUUGUGAUAGAUAUGGUGGUACUUAUAGUUCUUUACAAACUAGAAUAACAAAACUUUUAAUUGAAGCUUUAAAUGAUAAUGUUAACAACAACGAUGAUCAACAUGACAAUCAACAUCGUUAUCAAAAUCGUUAUCAUCAUAAUCAUCAUAAUCAUCAUCGUCAACAUAAUAAUUUGUAUUCUCAUUAUGGUAGUAUAGUAACCAUUGGCGCCAUGGGGCGUGAAGCUAUUAGAAAUAUUUUAGUGCCUAAUUUAAAAAAAUACGAAACUGUUCUUAAUAAAUACUCCAAUGAUUCUGUUUUGGGGGGUGUUGUUACUCGUAAUUACAAUGCUAUAUUGGAUAUAUUAUCAAAAUUAAAAGAAUCUGUUGAUCCAAUAAAGUUACAACAAAUUCAAAAUACAUCAACUAGUGAUGUUUUACAUGAACAAUUGGUAAAUAAAGUCGGACAAUAUUUUGCUAAUGUUCGUGAGCUGGAUUCUAUUGCUGUUUUUAUGCUUUUGGAACCAAAUUUGGUUGUAGUGCUUCUUGUGUUCGCUUAUAAGAUGACACAUAAUAGAAGUCAAAUUUGGCAUCAUCUUCAUGUUUCAUCUCCGGCAGAUCCAAUUUCUGUAAAUGUGAUUAAUAACUAG